UGUCAAAGACGGAGAUAUUUUAUUAAUUUCAUCUUUUAUAAAUAAUACCACAUCGAAUUGUAUAUUUUAACGUUGCGGAAUACGAAAGAUACUAACUUCAUCUCAAUCCCUUAAAUAUUGAGAAGGUUUUUCUAUGCAUAUGUACCAUUUGAUGCAUUUUCAAUGAAGACUCUAAAUCCAAUAUGGGCGCUGCGCGGCCCGCGGCGCCGCGUGUCCACCUGGUCGCCACUGGCCACUGCCUUCAACACCAGACCCAACUCCAGACCUAUCUUUGACUCCUUGAGGGAGCGGACAGGUCUCUUCAACAAACCGGAGCUGACCAGUUUCGAAGGCUUCACAAUCCUGAAGGACCAAGCCAUAUCUGCGACAGAUCGUCUGAUCGAGGAAGCCACGUCGGGCCCUUCCCGCCCCAUGGUUGAGGUUUUCGACGAAUUGUCUGAUACACUAUGCAAGGUGGCAGACUUGGCGGAGUUCGUUCGCAUCGCGCACCCGCAGUCGCAUUUCGCCGCCGCGGCUGAGGACGCCUGUAUCAGCGUCAGUGGCGUCGUUGAGAAACUAAACACCCACAAAGGCCUCUACGAGGCUCUCCGGUACUCCGUGAAACGUGGCACCUCGGGCGACCAACACCUGGCCGAGUUAUUCCUAUUUGACUUCGAACAGAGUGGCAUUCAGCUGGAAAAUAAUAAGCGGAAGAAGGUAGUAGGACUAAAUAACUUGAUACUUCAAACUGGACAGCGGUUUAUGGCCGGCGCCGCGCGCCCGAGGCGGGUACCGAGGGAGGUCGUCCCACAAAAUGUUCGACAGUUCUUCAGUACAGAAGGCGACGACAUAAUCGUGAGCGGAGUGUACGCCGAGUGCGGCGAGGCGGCCGCGCGCGAGGCCGCAUACCGACUGUACCUCGCGCCCGACAGUCAGCAAGAUGAGCUGCUCACCACCACGCUGGACGCAAGGCAUGAACUAGCCGAGCUGUGCGGCUUCGGGUGCUAUGCUGACAGAGCAAUAAAAGCCAGCACAAUGGAAACAGCCUCCAACGUCCGUCAGUUCCUCGACAUCCUCUCGGAUAACCUCUACGAUCGAGCCAAGCUCGACUUCGACGCCAUGCUCAAAAUGAAGAAGAAAGAAACACCUUAUCUAGACACGCUGUCUUGCUGGGACACCCCGUAUUUCACACAUAAAGCGAAGACACAGUUGCUAAAUGUGGCCAACUCUGAUUUUAGCCCGUACUUUUCGCUGGGCGGGUGUAUGGAGGGACUGAAUAUGCUGUGUCAGGAGCUGUAUGGUAUCAGUUUGCAAUCUGAGGAGAUGCUGCCAGGUGAAUCUUGGGCCCCGGACGUAUACAAACUAGCAGUGGUUCACGAGACAGAAGGUCUCCUUGGCCAUAUAUACUGCGAUUUGUACGAGCGUCGAGGAAAGCCACACCAGGACUGCCACUUUACAAUCCAGGGCGGGAAAUACUUGCCCGACGGUAGCUACCAGAACCCCAUAGUGGUGGUGAUGCUGUCGCUGAGCGGCGGCCACCGCUCGGGCCCCGCGCUGCUGUCCCCGGGCGCCGUGGACAACCUGUUCCACGAGGUCGGCCACGCCAUGCACUCCAUGCUGGCUCGCGCGCGCCACCAGCACGUCUCUGGAACACGCUGCCCCACCGACCUGGCCGAGCUUCCCAGCGUGCUCAUGGAGUACUUCGCCAGUGACCCGCAGGUGGUCCGGCGUUUCGCGCGCCACUUCCAAACCCGGGAAGCGAUGCCGGAACACAUGCUGCAGCGGCUCUGCGCCUCCAAACACCUCUUCGGGGCCCAGGAGAUGCAGCUACAGGUGUUCUACUCGGCACUGGACCAACGGUACCACGGCGCAGGCGCGUCGCACGGCGGCCGCACGACCGCCGUGCUACAAGAAGUACAGAAACAAUACUACGGGCUGCCCUACGUGCCGGACACGGCAUGGCAGCACCGCUUUAGCCACCUAAUCGGCUACGGCGCGAAAUACUACUCGUACCUGAUAUCGCGUGCGCUCGCGUGGAGCGUGUGGCAGCGCAAGUUCUCUAGCGAGCCGCUGUCGCGCGCGGCCGGCGACGCGCUCAGGCAAGGAGUGCUGCGGCACGGCGGCGCGCGUCCGCCGCAGGAAAUCCUGGGAGAGUACCUCGGCACUGAAAUGACCCCGAACACCCUGGCGAUGGCUCUGAUCGAGGAGCUGGACUACCACAAGGACCACCUCGAUACAGUCUUCAAGAUCGCCGACAAGUGAAGCAUGUCCACGCGACAACUAGCCCUUAAGCACAGUAUAAUAAAGAGUGCUAUCGUACAGUAUUGCCACUCCCGCUCCCCGCUGAAAGUGCCGCCCACCCCCUCUCGGUUACCUCACAGUUACCACCUGUCAAAAACGCGAACAGUC